AGGGCUUGUUUGCUUUUUCUCCCGGCAUCCAUGAGAACAUUCGUCCGGUUCCUGUGCCCCUUUCAAGCGCCUGACAAAUCCUGCUCUCAAAUCACAAACAUCCAGGGCACUGGUUGUCUUUUUAAAAUCUCAGAGAAACCUGGAAAGAAGCUUCCUGGCGAGCUCAGAAGGCAGAGCAACCCCAGCGGCUUUGGAACGAUGGCAAAUCAGGUAUUGCUUCACUUCCUGGUGCCUUUGUUCUGCGGCGCCCUCUCCCAGCCCAUCCACUACUCCAUUCCGGAGGAGCUGCCCAAGGGCUCUCUGGUGGGGAAUCUCGCCAAGGAGCUGGGACUCAGUGUCCAAGAAUUGCCAGCUCGAAAACUGAGAGUUAGUGCAGAGGAUUAUUUCCGUGUUAGUGCAGAGAGUGGGGAUUUGUUAGUAAGUGGCAGGAUAGACAGAGAAAAGAUUUGCGGGAGGAAAUCUGAGUGUGCACUGGAAUUUGAAUCUGUUACUGAAAACCCGAUGAACAUCUUCCAUGUAACGGUUGCCAUCCAAGACAUUAAUGAUAACGCACCACAUUUCUUUGGGGAAAGCAUUGAAUUGGAGAUCUGUGAGUCAGCCUUAGCAGGGGCAAAAUUCCCUCUGGAUUCUGCACGAGAUGCAGAUGUGGGAAGCAACUCCCUGAGGAUGUACACCGUCAGCCCCAAUCCACACUUCUCCUUGUCAACGAAGGAAAGUCCUGAUGGAAGUAAAUACCCAGAAUUGCUGCUGGAAAAAGCUCUAGACAGGGAGCAUCAGAGUUCCCAUCACUUAAUCCUGACGGCCAUGGACGGUGGAGACCCGCCCCUAAGCAGCACCACCCAGAUCUGGAUCAAAGUCACCGACGCCAAUGACAAUGCUCCAGUGUUCAGCCAGGAUACUUACAAAGUUAGCCUUCGUGAAAACAUGGCCCCAGGAACGUUAGUGCUGCAGGUGACAGCCACGGAUCAGGAUGAGAGUAUCCACGGAGAGAUCACCUAUGCCUUCCUUAAUGUCCCAGCCAGUACUAACCUCGUCUUCAGUCUCAAUCCAAAUACUGGAGCUAUCACAACUAAUGGUACAUUGGAUUUUGAGGAAAAGAGUAGAUACACCUUGGGUGUAGAAGCCAAGGACGGAGGGGUUCACACGGCUCACUGUAAUGUUCAGAUCGAAAUUCUUGAUGAGAAUGACAAUGCCCCGGAGGUGAUAUUUAUGUCCUUUUCUAACCAAGUUCCAGAAGAUUCAGUACUUGGAACAGUAAUAGCCCUCAUUAAAGUUCGAGACAAAGAUUCUGGACAAAAUGGUCUGGUGGCAUGCCGCAUUCAGGAAGAACUUCCCUUCAAAUUACAACCCACCUCCAAGAAUUAUUACAAGUUGGUGAUUGACAAGGCCCUAAACCGGGAACAGACCCCAGAGUACAACGUCACUAUCACAGCUACUGACAGUGGCAAACCCUCGCUUUCCUCCAAGACAUGUGUUACUGUGCACAUCACAGAUAUCAACGACAAUGCUCCGGUUUUCCACCAGGCCUCCUACUUGGUCCAUGUAGCUGAGAACAACCCACCUGGAGCCUCCAUUGCUCAAAGCGAUGACCCUCUGCCAUCUGAUCCCCAGAGUGAGCUGCAGUUUUACCUGGUGGUGGCCUUGGCCCUGGUUUCAGUACUCUUCCUCCUGGCGGUGAUUCUGGCUAUUGCCCUGCGUCUGAGACACUCCUCCAGCUCAGCGGCCUGGGGCUGCUUUCAAUCUGGUCUCAGCCCGAAGUCUCAACCUGUGGUUCCUCCCAACUACAGCGAGGGAACCUUGCCCUAUUCCUAUAACCUAUGCGUUGCCUCACACUCUAUGACUAUGGCAGGGUUUAAUUUUCACCAUGUGGCGCCAGAGGUUGCUCCGCCUCAGGAUCUCCUGUGCGAUGAUCCUUCUGAGCUUGUAUGUGGCAAUAAUGAAGAUCCCAAAAUCUCGGACGACCCUUCUUUUCAGGUAAGCUUCUACAGAGCAACUUAAGUUGUAUUUGACAUA